GCGGAACUAAGCUACAAAUCCUUCUUCAGACCACACCAAAAACCUAUUGCAAACGUAACUGCUGCCCCAUUCGAAAGAAAGGAAGCUGGGAACUAAGAGGCUAUUGGUUGGUGAUUCCUGGACCAAUCGGAGGAGCCGUGAUUUGGCGCGAGUCUUGACCGCCGCCGGGGCUCUUGGUACCUCAGCGCGAGCGCCAGGCGUCCGGCCGUCGUGGCUAUGUUCGUGUCCGAUUUCCGCAAAGAGUUCUACGAGGUGGUCCAGAGCCAGAGGGUCCUUCUCUUCGUGGCCUCGGACGUGGAUGCUCUGUGUGCGUGCAAGAUCCUUCAGGCCUUGUUCCAGUGUGACCACGUGCAGUAUACGCUGGUUCCAGUUUCUGGGUGGCAAGAACUUGAAACUGCAUUUCUUGAACAUAAAGAACAGUUUCGUUAUUUUAUUCUCAUAAACUGUGGAGCUAAUGUAGACCUGUUGGAUAUUCUUCAACCUGAUGAAGACACUAUAUUCUUUGUGUGUGACACCCAUAGGCCAGUCAAUGUCAUCAAUGUGUACAACAAUACCCAGAUCAAAUUACUCAUUAAACAAGAUGAUGACCUUGAAGUUCCCGCCUAUGAAGACAUCUUCAGGGAUGAAGAGGAGGAUGAAGAGCAUUCAGGAAAUGACAGCGAUGGGUCAGAGCCUUCUGAGAAGCGCACACGGUUAGAAGAGGAGAUAGUGGAGCAAACCAUGCGGAGGAGGCAGCGGCGAGAGUGGGAGGCCCGGAGAAGAGACAUCCUCUUCGACUACGAGCAGUAUGAAUAUCAUGGGACAUCAUCAGCCAUGGUGAUGUUUGAGCUGGCAUGGAUGCUGUCCAAGGACCUGAAUGACAUGCUGUGGUGGGCCAUCGUUGGACUAACGGACCAGUGGGUGCAAGACAAGAUCACUCAAAUGAAAUACGUGACUGAUGUCGGUGUCCUGCAGCGCCACGUUUCCCGCCACAACCACCGGAACGAGGAUGAGGAGAACACGCUCUCUGUGGACUGCACGCGGAUCUCCUUUGAGUAUGACCUCCGCCUGGCGCUCUACCAGCACUGGUCCCUCCAUGACAGCCUGUGCAACACCAGCUAUACCGCAGCCAGGUUCAAGCUGUGGUCUGUGCACGGACAGAAACGGCUCCAGGAGUUCCUUGCAGACAUGGGUCUUCCCCUAAAGCAGGUGAAGCAGAAGUUCCAGGCCAUGGACAUCUCCUUGAAGGAGAAUUUGCGGGAAAUGAUUGAAGAGUCUGCAAAUAAAUUUGGGAUGAAGGACAUGCGCAUGCAGACUUUCAGCAUUCAUUUUGGGUUCAAGCACAAGUUCCUGGCCAGCGACGUGGUCUUUGCCACCAUGUCUUUGAUGGAGAGCCCUGAGAAGGAUGGCUCAGGGACAGAUCACUUCAUCCAGGCUCUGGACAGCCUAUCCAGGAGUAACCUGGACAAGCUCUACCAUGGCCUGGAACUCGCCAAGAAGCAGCUGCGAGCCACCCAGCAGACCAUUGCCAGCUGCCUUUGCACCAACCUCGUCAUCUCCCAGGGGCCUUUCCUGUACUGCUCCCUCAUGGAGGGCACCCCAGAUGUCAUGCUGUUCUCCAGGCCGGCGUCCCUGAGCCUGCUUAGCAAACACCUGCUCAAGUCCUUUGUGUGUUCGACAAAGAACAGGCGCUGCAAGCUGCUGCCUCUGGUGAUGGCUGCCCCCCUGAGCGUGGAGCAUGGCACAGUGACCGUGGUGGGCAUCCCCCCGGAGACCGACAGCUCGGACAGGAAGAACUUUUUUGGGCGGGCAUUUGAGAAGGCAGCAGAAAGCACCAGCUCCCGGAUGCUGCACAACCAUUUUGACCUCUCAGUAAUUGAGCUGAAAGCUGAGGAUCGGAGCAAGUUUCUGGAUGCACUGGUUUCCCUCCUAUCCUAGGAAUUUGAUUUCUUCAGGAAUGACCUCCUUAUUUAUAUAACUGGCUUUCAUUUAGAUUGUAAGUUAUGUACAUGAUUUGAGAUGUAGAAGCCAUUUUUUAUUAAAUAAAAUGCUUAUUUUAGGCUCUGUCCCCA